AUGCUAACAAAAAAAGGUUAGAAACAAAAAUAACCUUAAAAUAAAAAAUAACGUUACUAUGACUUUGUAGUAAAUAACACAGUUAGACAAACUUCAAUCUGUUUUGCAAUAUCUAUAAACCAUGAUAGUACAAAAAUAGCAGUCGGAUCAUAUGAAUCAAUAAAAAUUUUCUAAUUUAAAUAAGAACAAAUGAAAUGGAUCAGUACUUUGAUAAGUUCUCGGCCUCAUUUAAGAGUAUUUAAUUUCAUGAAAAAUUCAUCCAUUUUAUUUUCUGGAGGUGAUGAUAAUUAACUUACUAUUUGGCCAUUGAAUGGUGUAAACAAUGGGAAAUUUUUAAAAAAGUUAUAUGGACAUAAUAAUACAAUUAAUUGUUUAGUAACGAAUAAUGUGGAGGAUGUUAUAAUUUCUGGUAGUGAUGAUAAGAGUAUCAAAUUUUGGAAGCAAAAAAACUAUUGUGUACUUAAUUAGACUAUAAUUGAACAUCGUGAUUAAGUUUACAGUUUAAGUUUAAAUCAAUCAGGAAAUGUAUUGAUUUCAUGUGGUUAAGAUAGAUAAAUAUUGGUGAUAGAACUUUAAUAAAAGGGAGAUUAAUAUUAAUGGAUUUUGAGAUAAAAAAUAAAAGAAUAAUCAUGCAGUUAUCGUUUAUGUUUCCUGAACGAUACGCUUUUUGCUUUCUAAUCAUGGGCAGGAAAGUAAAUGCAUAUCUAUUAAUUGAAUGAUGAAAAUAUGUUUAUGAAAAUUUCAAGUGUUACUGUCAAAGGUAAAAACGAGUAUUGUAAUAACUUUUUUCCUUAAUAAUAUAUCUAAUCUAAAAAUCUCAUUGUUAGUAAGAAUGGACCUUAUGUGAACAUAAUUAAAAUGGUCAAUAAUAGAAAAUUUGUUUAUUGUUCCUCUGUCGAAUUCAGUCCUGAAUGUUUUGGAAAUAUCUUUGGAUAAGUUAGUUCAGAUGGAGAAUAUUUGAUUAUUUGGGAUUAGAUUUCAAGUCAAAUAUAAAUUAGAAAGUAUAUGAAUUCUUGA